AUGGCUUCUCUGGGUACAUAUCUGCCAUUAUGGCGGGGCCUCGGGCCCCGUAUGUCCAAGGAGCUCUUCACAUGUCGUCAAUGCCUUCGCAAUAAGGGCUACGCUGCCAAAUCUGUCCGUCGUUUCGCCGCGAUGCCGUCUCCUCAGACCAGCAAGAUUCGGUCCUCCCUCUUCACGGACAAGAACCGCCAAUUCUUCACCUCUAGCCUGAGACAGUCUGUGGCUGCUCCCGCUGUUGAAAGUGUGGUCGAAGAAGGGGCUACCAAGGCAAAGUCCAGCAUGCCCAAGAUCAGCCACAAGUCUGUGGCAUACUGGCUGCUGGGCAGUGCUGCUAGUGUUUUCGGUAUUGUGGUUUUUGGCGGAUUAACCCGUCUCACGGAAUCUGGAUUGAGUAUCACUGAAUGGCGCCCCGUCACCGGCUCCCUCCCACCGAUGAAUGCAGACGACUGGGAGUCCGAGUUUGCAAAGUACCGCGCAUCCCCGGAGUUCAAACAACUCAACUCACAUAUGAAUCUGGACGACUUCAAGUCGAUUUACUACAUGGAAUGGAUCCACCGUCUUUGGGGCCGAUUCGUGGGCCUCUCCUUUGUCCUGCCUGCCGUUUACUUCGUUGCCCGGAAGAAGGUCUCUACUCCCAUGGCAUGGCGUCUGGCGGGAAUUGCUGGUUUGAUUGGAUUCCAAGGUUUCCUGGGUUGGUGGAUGGUCAAGUCUGGCCUGAAGGAUGAUCUGUUCGCCCCGGGCAGCCACCCCCGCGUGAGCCAGUACCGUCUUACUGCCCACUUGGGUGCUGCAUUUACUUGUUAUGUCGCCAUGCUGUGGAACGGUCUGGCGAUCCUCCGAUCCCACAAGCUGAUGAAGGACGCCGCAUCGGGCUUGAAGCAGCUUGAGGCCCUUCGGGAUCCUCGCCUUGCUAUCUUCCGCCGCUCGGUUGCUGGUCUUGCUUUGUUGGUCUUCACCACCGCUAUGUCUGGUGGUCUGGUGGCCGGUUUGGAUGCUGGUCUUAUCUACAAUGAGUUCCCGUACAUGGGCAAAGGUCUCGCUCCUCCCAGCUCUGAGCUCUGGGAUGCUCACUAUUCCCGGCACGAGGACCGCUCUGAUCUUUGGUGGCGCAACAUGCUGGAGAACCCCUCUCUUGUCCAGCUUGACCACCGCAUUCUCGCCAUGACUACUUUCACCUCCAUCAUGGCUCUUUGGGCCUACAGCCGUCGCUCGCCCACUCUCAAGCGCAUCCUCCCCCCUGCUGCUCGCAAGGGUGUCCACGGCGUCGUUGGAUUUGCCUUCAUGCAAGUUGGUCUUGGUAUCUCCACCUUGCUCUACCUUGUCCCCACUCCGCUUGCAUCUGCCCAUCAGGCCGGAAGUUUGCUUCUCUUGACUUGGGUUCUAGUCCUGGGCAGCCGGGUGUGGAACCCAUCGCGAACUGCGAGGCUUCUGCAGAUAGCCGCCAAGGCUCGCAGCCAGCAACUCUCUAGCUCGACUGCCUCUGCCGUGAAAAGACUGUGA